UAUAAAUUGGCAAUGAAAUCGAAGCGCAAUUUCCAAGAGUUCCCUUUUGUGGGUGAUAGAGCCAUUUUCUUGUUGUUUCUAAAUAUACUUGGGAAAGAGACAAAUUCACGUAUUAAUUCAGCAUUAAUCCUUCAAAAAUACUAAUCAUAUAUAUCAGUAGUUGUCUUCUGCAAUCACUGUUAAUUAUUUGAAUGAGUUAAGUUAUAUUUUAUGGUGUAUACAAAUUAGAUAAAGCAUGUCCAAAGCUGCUCUGUCGGCGUAUGCUGUCGUUGGAGCAUUUGGCAGAUACGACAAGAGGACUUUGGACAGUUUAAAGCCAGGAGGUUGAAGCUCUAGAAAUUUUUCAUCGCUUUAAUUAGGAUUUCACUAAGCAUGUCUUAUAGAAAUCAAUACAGUGGAAGCCCUUGGCAGCAAGGAGGCCCUCCUUUUGGAGUUGGAGGAUACAGUUCAGGAUAUGGUGGAUAUAACGACCAAUAUGGAGUUUCUCAUCAAAUGAUGAAUUCUGGAUAUAGCCGUAAUCAAGGUGGCUAUGGUGGUGGCAUGUAUGGUGGAAGUGGCAUGGGCGGCAGCAUGAGAAAUAUGGGUUAUGGUGGGCCAUCCCGUUAUCAUAUGAAUGAAAGGAUGAGCAGUAGAUCUCUGCCCCGUGGCCAACUGCCUCGCAAGAGAUUGCCUCAAAGGAGUCCAGCAAGUGGUCCUCGCUCUAAACGACCAAAUAUUGAAAGUGAUAGGCGUUCUGUGAAAUCCAGGCGACAUAGAGAUUCUAGGGGUGGAUCAAAAGGGCGUCGUGACCGAAGUGAUGAAGAUGAUGAUACAUACAAUCCAGAAGAACCAACUGAAGAUCUCUCUGAUGCUGAGUGUGAGUCAUUUGAAUGUUGGAAAGCCUCUGAUGAAGAUGAAAUGGAAGAAAAUAAACAAAAUGGGGAAGCAGAAACAAAUGAUGCUUCUGAGGAGGCUGAUAAAGACAAAGAAAAGAGUGCUAAUAGAAAGUUUUUGUGUUAUGUUUGCAAAGUGAAAUGCUCUUCCAAAGAAGUUCUUGACAAACAUAACAGUAGCAAACCACAUACUGAAAAGAUAGAGGAACUGCUAACCAUCAGACGAGAAAAGAAGAAAGAUGGUUCAGUUGAUGAGAAAGAAAAGUCAGAUGACCGCAAGAAGUCUUCUCGAAAACCCGGUAACUGGUGCACAGUAUGUGAGUGUGCUUUCAGUGGCAAUUUCCUUGCUCAUAGAAGAACAAAAGAGCACAGGAAGAAAAGAGAUAAGAAAUAUCCCAAAUGUCGCCCAUGUCGACUAGGAUUCAGUAGUUCUGAGGAGUAUCGAGAUCACUAUAAGAGUGAGGAACACAAAUUAAAAUCUGCUGAAUUUCAUUACUUGAAAAACCUUGCCUCUGGAUCUGAUGAUGAUGAAGAAGCAAUCAAGCCUGUUAAAAUUGAAGAAGAAGAGUAUGAAGAAGUUAAGAUGGAAGAAGAUACCGAGAAAACAGAAGAUAAGCCUGAAGAAUCUUCUGAAGAUAAAGAAAAAGGUGAUGAAGAGAAGUCUGAUGAAAAGGAAGAAACAGAUACUGAAAAGAAGGAAGAAAAAGAAGAAAAGAAAGAAAUCAAGAAAAGACCAAAAGAGCCAAAAUCUGUUGGACAAUCUUUUGUUGUCUCAGUCCAAGGGUAUUAUUGUAAACUUUGCCACAAGUUUUUCAAGGAUGUUACAGUUGCAAAAUCCAAGCAUUGUCGUUCAAUAAUGCAUGCUGAGGCAUUCAAAAAAGCUAUGGAAGAAGCCAUUGAGCAAGAAGAAGAAAGGCAGAAACUUGCAGAAGAGCAAGAUAAACUGGAUAAAGAAGCUGCUGAUGCUGCAGAACGUGCUGCUGAAAUAGCUGCCAUUGAAAGAUCGAUAAAAGAGGCUAUUAAAAAGGAAGCUGCUGCAAAGAAAGCAGCUACUAACAAAAAAGAUAAUGAUGAGGAUGAAGAUGUUGAAAUGACAGAAGUAACUGAAGAUGAACCUAGAGAAUCUGACAAAGAGGAAAAAGCUGAAGAACCAAGUACUGAAAAUGGAACAAAGGAUGUAGAAAUUAAGGAAGAUCCAGAAGAAGUGGAGGAAAUCAAAGAAGAAUCACCUGAUGAAAAUAAAGCUAAAGAAGUUGAAAUUAAGGAGGAACAACCUGAAGAAGAACAAGAAGAAGCCAAAGAAGAAGUUACUUCUAGUAGUCCGGCUACAAGACGCGGCCGAGGUCGUGGCAGAGGCCGCAAAAGGCGUUAAACUAGAAGUUUGAUAAAUGGUACAACUAGCAAGCAUAUUUCCAAUAUAAUGUAACAUUUUGAGGAAAUGUGACAGACAAUUCGAGUGGAUGUUUUUGUAACCGAUUAUCAGACUAAAAAUUCCUAAAAGACUUUUAAUGUACUUUAUUUUAAAUCACUUUUUAUUAAUUAUUUGAUCAACUCUUGAUAGUACAACAAUGUAUUGGGGGGUGGGGAAAGAAUAGAAAAUUUUUUAAAUUUUUCAUUUUGUUUUCAUGACUUCAUUCAUUUCACUACAUUUCUCCUUUUUGUGGCUAUGAUUGCAUUCUCUUUGUCAGUAAAAUGUAGAAUGACUCGUGUCUGUAGCUUUUUAAAGAAUGCUGAAUAAACAUGAAAUUCGUCUCAA